GGCGGCGGAUAGGUCGACUGACUGGCCGUCGUGACCGUGGAACGUGGUUUUAUGUUAUAUUAAUAGUGCGUUGUAUGUUUGUACGUAGUGUUGCCUGCCAAUUAACAUUAUUUUUUUCCGACUUAAUCUCUAUGCUAAACGAAGAGUCAGAUUGGCCUUAAUGAGCCCUUUAUUGCACGCGCUCCUACCGACUGGGAUUCAUUUGGCACGAAGGAUUUAGGAUAAGCCGGCACCAUGAAUUUGAUGUUCAGGAAGAACUUUCGCGAGCAGAAGACCGGGGCCAUUUCCAGCAAGGUGCCGAAGGUCUCGGGGGUCCCGGCACACGAGCAAGAGGUCGAGCCGCGAACAGGGCUACACGCCCAUGGAGGAGCACCAUUACAGGACGCACUUGUUUUUCAGCCCGCCGAGAUGCAGCUAUGCUCAGGAGGACCAAGACGGACUUUUAACUCCAGAGCCGCGUUGCGGUCCUAUGACGGGAGUAGGCGGCGAGCCUAUGCCGAUGCAGUCAAGUAUCAUCUCUCCCGCAAUGACGGAGUCCGACCUGCCCCAGCCUUUGGUCGUCAGGAGUCCCUCCGUCUCUUUGAUGCGCUGGCCGAACACCCCCUCGCCAACCAAGACUCCCACCAGACAAGUUAGCUUUAAUUAUGGAAGAGAAUGUAAUAACAACAAUGAAGUUGCUAGAAGUCUUUCAGGAUUGGAUAGAGACUGCUUUAUAAUUCCUGUUCAUAGCCUUGACAGGUUUUUGCCUGCAGGAGUACCUAUGCCAAAACCUCCCGCCAAUAAUAACGGAAACUCUUUAGAUAGAAAAGGAAAUUUACAUGUAAUGGAGGUGCCUGAUCCAAAACUAUGUGUCUUAUGCCACUUGAUGAGCCCGCUGGAAGCGAUCGACCCCGUGCUGGAGUCGCCUCUGGUGCAGCCAAUCUUCAAGCAAAGAGUGACAGCCGGUGAGCUUGUCAACGAGGUGGCGCAGGCCAGAACGGCCGUCACCGGGAUGCUUUUAGCAAACAUGGAAAGAAACGCUGAGUUUCCUUUCAUAACUUAUUAUGUGAUAAAUACUUCACAAACGAAUCCUGUGAUGUUUUACAAUAAUCUUCGCACUGCCAGUUUGACCAAAUUCGAUCCUAGAGUAACAAAAUAUACAGCUGCACACACUUUAGACCUUUAUUCGGAAGUAGCUGCGAUCUGUAGACCUCCCAUCCACGAAAUUGGAAUGUCCCUGACCAAAACGCAUACUAACUCUACAGGUUACAUGGUGUCUGUAUACAAGGUGUUCGAAGGAGACGACCGGGAAAUAUUCGAGCGCAACUGGCUGUAUUGGACGGGGGCCCGGAUGAUCUACCGCUACCUGCCGGCGCAAGCGGGGCUGCGGAAAAUAUCGCUGCAUAAAUCCCUUAGUCCCAAGGGCGACAAAAUGUACAUACUGUUGUGCGAAUGCUCGAAUUUAUUAAGUGACGUCGGUUGUUGUGCUUUAAUCUUGCCGGCACUGCGGGCCCGGCUCACCGGUUACACGGGCAUUUUUCGGCCUCUGCAGACAUUCUAAUGCAUAAUAUAUGUGAUAAAAUUUAUAUCAAACGAAAUUGAUUACGCCGGUCAACGCUAACUUUAAGUUUGGGUUCUAAACCCCGAAGGGGUUCCGGUUCUGGAUCUGAAAGAAUGAUUCUUAAUGGUCCUGAUUAGGGUUUUAAAAUUUCCGGAAAAAUUGAGCCGGCAAAAAAAAACCGUUUUUUUUCGGAAAAAUUGGUAAAUUUUCA